UGUGUCAAUAAUGUGUCAGUCGAAUUUUCAAUCCGUCUGGACUAUAAUUGGAGUCACGAUCACCUGUACUGGUACGGUAAGCUCAUUGCCCCAAUGAUUUAACCACAUUUCUACUGACUCUUCCUCGAUUGAUAACGUAAUAAACGUCAUCAAGCUGUUUCUAUUUUUAUUAUUUCUUUCGUAUCAGAUGAUCAGAUGGCUUCGGGGCAGUUCCAACCCUGCGAACGCCAAGAUUUAAAGUAACUUCACGAACUCUCCUCUUUCCUUCACUCAUAAGAACUGUCGUGAAUGAUUUUUUAAUCUCUUUGCUCGGCGCGCUCCAAGCGGAACAGGCGACGAAAGGAUUGAGAAGAAAAAAUAAAAUGAAAAAUGAAAAGAACUUCCUCAGCUCUUCCUCACAAUUUCAGAUUCCACAAUCAAUCAAAGAAAUAGAGUAAAAGAUCAACAACCAUGAAGCUUGCAACUGCUAUUAUUUCUCUUUUGUUGGCGGCCUCUGUAGCAGCAGAUGGGACCUCACACAUUCGUCGCUCCCGACGAGUAAACCAGGACUCUUCUUGCAUGGAGAUCACUGCACUUGGUGUGCUAGGAGGACCUGUCACCGACAUUGGCUUGGCUCAGUCCUCCACUCUCGUCACGUAUGGAACUGUGGCCGAUGACUGCACUAGUGGUGUGAAGCUCAUGUUUGACAUUGGUCGUGGCGCAGUGACCAAUCUGUCCAAGAAGUGGAACUUUGGAACCAAGGAUAUUGAUGCCAUCUUUAUCACCCACAUCCACAGCGAUCACGUCAACGACUUGAGCAUCUUCUUGCAGAAUCUAUGGCAUUUCAAUGGAAGCCCAGUUGAUAUUGUUUGUUCUCAAGAUGCCCAAGUCACUGGCAGCGAUGGCGUUACUCGAACCAUGAGCUGCCAACAGCUUGUCGAGCACAUUGAUGAUCCUUUUACAGCAUCAGGGGAGAUUGCCCAACGAAGAGCAGAAAACGCAGCCCGUAAUGCAGAGGGACCAUCUGGCUUGGCCAACACCGUUUUGUUUGCUCCUGCGGAAGAACCAGAAGUUGUCUGGUCGUCAGGUGGUGUUCAAGUGAAAGCUAUUCGCACCAAUCACGUCGGAGGAAGCGCUGCGUAUCGUGUUGACACACCUGCUGGAAGCGUGGUGAUUUCGGGUGAUGCCAGCAAUGACAGCGGAGAUCCCACUGCCCGCCCCUACUCUACCUCUGAUCAGGUUGAGCUACUUGCUAACGGUGCUGACGUUCUUGUUCAUGCCGUCAUCCAUCCCUCAGCACUCCGAUCAGCUCCUGGUGAACCCGGUCUGCCAGAGGCCAUCUACAAUCGUCAAAGCACCGCACAAGAUGUGGGAGCCAUGGCACAACGUCUUGGAACAGCUGAUUUGAUUCUCACUCACCAAAUCCCUCCUGUUGGAUCCAACCGAUUCCAGAAUCUUCUCAACAAGAAUGACUAUCGCCAGAUCAUUGCAGAUGAUGGAGGCUACACGGGAACAGUCCUGGUUGCCACUGACAUGGACAGUAUCCGCAUCCCCAAGAACCAAUCUUAAUUGUUUUCGCUUACCAGGGACAGAGAAAGAUUUGACAGCAAGUAACUCUUAGAACUAUAUGUUUGCGCAAUACGUGUCCUGUCAGAACAAGCUCUUUGGGAAUUGGAAAAGAUGGUGCAUGCACCAGUAGUUACUAUUGAUGGGCGACAAUCGCCGAGAAUGGAUGAGCCGGGAUACCGGUAC